AUGCUUAUCGAUAGGCUCGCGAAGCCGAUCGUCGGGGGCACUGUUCGACGGACGCUGAGCAUUCAAGCAGCAUCACUCAGUCACAGGCGAGCAGGAUUACCGGCCGAUCGGACAGAAGCACGGCCAAGCUGGAACGAGAUCAGGAACUCAUCAUGCGGUUCGAAUGGACGUCAAUCGUUAACGAAGAAUGAUAUCCCAGCUGGAGUCCACCCUUUCCUUCGUACGACUAGAAGCUUCAGUGCCUCCCCCUCAGCCUCAACUCCAAUCUUGCCAUCCUCCGAGAAAUUCGAGCCUCCCCAGACCUCUGGUGAUGCAGAUCGACAUUCGCCUAUUAUCAUCUUACACGGCUUGUUCGGCUCCAAACAGAAUUGGAGAAGUCUCGCUAAACGGCUAUCUCAAGCUACUCUGAAAACCGUCUAUACUCUGGACUUGAGAAAUCAUGGCGAAAGUCAAGCAACCCCUGGAUUCACUUCAUACCUGGAUUAUUCAAGCGAUAUCAAGCACUUCAUAACCACGAACAACCUGAGAAACGUUAUCCUAAUCGGGCAUUCAAUGGGUGGAAAAGUAGCGAUGAGUCUGGCUUUAGAGAGCUCAAUCAGCCCACACGAAGCAGACUCGAAACUGAUCGACAAGUUGAUCGCCGUCGAUAUCUCGCCUGCUAAAGGACCAAUCUCAGAGAGCUUCCAAGUUUACAUCGACGGGUUCAAGGAAAUCAAUUCGAGCUGCGUUUCGAGUCGGAAGCAAGCGGAUGAGAUCUUAACCAAAUACGAACCGGACCUCGGUCGACGACAAUUCCUGUUGACCAAUCUCAAGCCCGUCGAGAGGGGGGCCUCGGAAGCAGGAGGGCCGAAGUUCGAGAUCAGACUGCCGGUCGAGGUGCUUGAGGCGCAGCUGUCGAGCAACCAAGUCGGAGACUUCCCCUUCGCGCUUCCGCCCUCCAGUGGCCCCGACUCGCCUCAAGAAGCGCCUGUCCGGUUCGAGAAACCGUCGCUGUUCAUCAAAGGCGCGCGUAGUAAAUAUAUCAAUAAGUAUAACAUCCCGGCUAUUGCUGCUUUCUUUAAGGGCCAUAAGCUCGUUGUUCUUGACACCGAUCAUUGGGUCCAUGCUGAAAAACCUAAUGAAUUCAUCCAGAUCGUCGUCGAUUUCGUUCAAGAAUAA